AUGGCGGUGGAAGGAUUUUGGUUGUUCGAAGGUUUAGAAGAAGAACCAUACGGCUUGUUGCCCCUAGCAAAUCUUUCCGGAAAAGGUGGUCCAACGUCAACAAAGUAUGGUAGGCGGAUAGCAUCGUACCAGUGGUAUUUGAAUGAAGAAAAGCCUAUUAUUGUUAUUCCGGGCAUGCCAGCAGAGUCUUUCUACUGGCCAGGAGGCAAACUGCAACAAGAUCGAGGAGUAGUAAUCUAUGAUGUCAAUCAUAUGAAGCUUCGAGAUGGACCAUUAGAUUCAGCAAUUUUGGCUGCUCGUCAUGCGACCGAAAAGUCACGGAAGCCCAUCAAUUUUAACGAUUAUGAUUUUAUAACUGAUGCUGUGAAUUUACAAAAGCUCUUUGCAUUUGCGCAAGAAGCUGGCGAUGGACUUUUUAGAAUUGAUGUAGAACGAGUUGGGAAAACCGUUUUACUUAAUAGGAUGGAAGCGUCUGAUCUGAUGGAAAUUGGCCACAUCACUUUCGACCAGGCAUUGAAAGGAAAAAUGACAAAACCGCGAUCUAAAUAUACAACAGGACCAUUCUUCCAGCUUGUUGAAUAUCAGUUUGGUGAAUUUAAAAUUUUAGUGCGUUUUGAGGUUGAUUGUGGAGACUUUGCAGCUGUCAAAGCAGCUAGUGAAAAGAAUGUCGAACUUGAAAAUGAGCCUAUGCCGGAAGUUAAAGCUUUCGAAGAGGUGCCUGGUUUAUCAUUCAUGGAAUACGGCAAAGUUCCUGUAGACUUGCCGUUGCAACUGUUGACGACUUAUCCACAAGGCGCAGGAUUUCCGUUCUUUACGUGGGCUCAACUUUUCUUCACUAACGCUGAUCAGGAAAUUGUUGGCUGGUUCAAAGGUAAUGGAGAUUUUACAAAGCCACAAAUGAACUCACUUCAAGAUAUUUCAAGGUUGAUGAAACCAUUACCAUAUGUUGUUCUUUCAAAGGUACAUGACUGUUUGGCCAAAAUUGCUAAAUUUAUGCGUAAAAAUGAUCCAGAAUUUAAAUGUGCUUUGGUCUGGAAAGGAAAGAGUCAUUUGGAGAUAUUUGCAAAGGACCAGGAUUCUGCUGGUGCAGUUUCAGCCAAAGUUAAGGAAUAUUUGCUAACAAUGUGUCAGGAACCGGAAGAAGCUCAAGAAUGA